AUGGCACUGCGCAACCCGGACCUGAUGCGCCAAAUCGCGUCGUACCAGUACGGUAUCUUUGAGGACGUUCGACCCUUCUUCAGCGCGGUCCUGACCCUCAAGUCGCUGCACCAUGAUGAAUCAACGUCCCGCACGAGCUUCAUGGUUGCGCUCGACACGGCGAUCGCACCGUUUGUGACAUCGCUGCAGCAAGGCCUCUUGAUGCGUCUUGUGCGCUGCGUCCGGUCCCGCGACUUUGCCUUUGUCAUGAGCUGCCUCGUCAAACAUGCCAUUGCCCGCGGCCACGUGGAGAUCCUCCACAACGUCCACCGCCGCCUCUCGCUGCACCAGUGCCAGCACCUCGCGCUGCAAGCCGCCGCGUACGGCCAGCUCCGCGUGCUCAAGUACCUCCACGCGAUUGCGUAUCCGCACUGGGGCCCGACGCCGCUUCUCGCUGCCGCGCAGUGCCAUGACGCAAAAAGCGUCGCCUUUCUCCAAGAGCAGUAUGCUCAAGACUGCGUCUGCCAUGCACUCACGACCGCUGCCAAGGCUGGCGACCUCGCGAUCGUCGAGACGCUGUAUCCACACCGUCACGCCGUUGGGUGCGUCCACGACAAGGCGUUUGACCAAGCCGUGAGCGCGGGCCAUGUGCCAAUUGUGGCCUACUUGCUCGAACGAGGCGAGACGGGGUCCGGCAUUGCGCUGGCCCUUGCGGCCGACCACGGCCACCUCUCUCUCGUCAAGUACUUGCACCAACACUUGGACGAUGCGAGCGGCCCUGUCGUCAUGGACUUGGCCGCCGCCAGUGGCCACUUGGCCGUGGUGCAGUACCUGCAUGCGCACGAUGUCUCCGGAUGCACGGCGGUCGCUCUGCGCGAAGCCGCGGCGUACGGCCAUGCAGACGUCGUCGCCUUCUUGUUGGCGCAUCGGAUGGAAGGCAACCCGCUCGUCGCAACCGUUUAUUGCCCGGCGAUCGCAGCCGGCACGGAGCUGCAAGCGCAAAGCAGCUACGACUUGCUGGAGUACGUGUACCACGAGCGCGCCAAAGCGCUCGCGUGA